AUGGGCUGUGGUGCAAGCAAAGAGGAUACGGCCGGCAAGGCGAGAAACGAUGAAAUCGAUAAUCAGCUUAAGAGAGACAAGAUGGCGCAGCGAAAUGAGAUCAAGAUGCUGCUGCUAGGCGCUGGUGAAUCUGGCAAAUCCACCAUUCUCAAGCAGAUGAAGCUCAUCCACGAAGGAGGCUACUCGCGAGAUGAGCGCGAAUCUUUCAAGGAAAUCAUCUUUUCAAACACCGUUCAAUCAAUGCGUGUCAUUCUCGAAGCUAUGGAGUCACUGGAGCUUCCCUUGGAUGAUCAGCGUGCCGAGUACCAUGUCCAGACGAUUUUCAUGCAGCCACCUCAAAUAGAAGGAGAUAGUCUGCCCCCCGAGGUUGGUGCCGCCAUCAAAGCAUUGUGGCAAGACAUUGGAGUUCAGGAAUGCUUCAAGCGGUCAAGAGAAUAUCAAUUGAACGAUUCCGCAAGAUACUACUUUGAUUCGAUCGAUCGCAUCGCCGCCCACGAUUACAUGCCAAACGAUCAAGACGUUCUCCGAUCUCGAGUAAAGACCACCGGUAUCACCGAAACUACGUUCAUCAUCCAGGAUUUGACAUAUCGCAUGUUCGACGUUGGUGGACAGAGAUCGGAACGAAAGAAGUGGAUUCACUGUUUCGAAAAUGUCACCACAAUUCUUUUCCUGGUCGCUAUCUCGGAAUAUGAUCAACUGCUCUUCGAAGAUGAAACCGUGAACCGAAUGCAAGAAGCCCUCACAUUGUUCGAUAGUAUCUGCAACUCGAGAUGGUUUAUCAAGACGAGCAUUAUCUUGUUCUUGAACAAGAUUGACAGGUUCAAGGAGAAGCUACCUGUGAGCCCCAUGCAAAACUAUUUCCCCGACUAUGAAGGUGGUCCGGAUUACGCUGCCGCUUGCGAUUAUAUCCUGAAUCGGUUUGUCUCGCUCAACCAAGCCGAGACCAAACAGAUUUACACCCAUUUCACGUGUGCAACUGAUACAACACAAAUAAGAUUCGUAAUGGGUGCUGUCAACGAUAUUAUCAUCCAAGAAAACCUGCGAAUGUGUGGUCUCAUAUGA